AUGGUUGGAAAGUUGGCUUUGGUGUUCCCUGCUAUCCUCAUGUUUUUGUCUGUCUUAAUGUUCCAAAUCGGCUCUCCUCUUUAUAUCAAAGUGAAAGCUAAAACUAAACAAAACUUGGUCAUAGGAUUGUUCCAAACAGUUGUAGCAGCUUUUAGGAAAAGAAAUACCCGUCUUUCAUUGAGUGAUUGUGGUGAAUACUAUCGUUGGCCACAUGAAUCAGAGGUCUUCACUCCAUCAAAGGACUUAAGGUUCUUAAAUAGAGCUUGUAUGAUUGAAGAUCCUGAAAGAGAUUUGAAUCCUGAUGGAUCAGCUUCAAAUCCAUGGAAUCUCUCUAGUUUGGAACAAGUUGAAUCACUCAAGGCUAUUAUUAGAGUACUUCCUAUGUGGUCCACUGGUUUUAUUAUCUUUGUGGACAUGAAUGUAUUCACAUUUUCCUUACUUCAAACAAAAACCAUGGAUAGACACAUCUUCCCUCACUUUGAAAUACCAGCAGCAUCAUUCAGUGUGUUCCUGAUUAUUGCUUUAACAAUCUGGAUUGCUUUCUACGACCGUGUUUUGGUCCCUUUUCUAUCAAAAUAUACUGGACAGCCUAGAGGGCUAAGUCCUGUCACCAGAAUGGGGAUUGGUUUAAUAGCCUCCUGUAUGUCUAUAGCAUUGUCAGCAAUAACAGAAAGCAUAAGACGACAAAGGGCAAUAGAGGAAGGACAUGAGGACGACCCAAAUGCUUUAGUGAAAAUGUCUGCUAUGUGGUUUGUGCCACAGUAUGCACUACUCGGAGUGGCUGAGGCUGCCCAUGGAGUUGGACAGAUUGAGUUCUUGUAUGCUCUAUUACCCAAAAGCAUGUCCAGCAUCGCGUCAGCUAUGUACACAGUUGGGACUGCUGUGUCCAGUUUGAUUGGUCAGCUAUGUACACAGUUGGGACUGCUGUGUCGAGUUUGA